AUGCGGUCUCUAUCGCGCACAGACUACACAGUUGCUUGGAUAUGCGCUUUACCGUCUGAGUUGACUGCAGCAAUAUGUAUGCUCGACGAGGAGCAUUCAGCCUUGCCACGAAAUCUACAAGAUAACAAUAUAUAUACACUAGGCUGCAUAGCCCGCCACAAUGUUGUUAUCGUGUGCUUACCUGCUGGGCAGACAGGAACCAACUCGGCCGCUGCAGUUACAAGUCAAUUGCGCUACAGCUUUCCCAAUGUCCGUUUUGGUUUGAUGGUGGGCAUUGGAGGUGGAGCACCUAGCGACCGUCAUGAUAUCCGACUUGGAGACGUCGUUGUCAGUAUUCCCGGCAAGUCAAGCACUGGAGUCAUCCAGUACGACUUUGGACGUACUGUCACAGAAGGUCGCUUCGUCCGUGACACCAUUCUAAAUGCUCCUCCACAAAUCCUACUUUCUGCCAUAAACACUGCGAGAGCGAAGCACAGCAUUGGAGAUCGCAGAAUGGACUCAAUCCUCUCUGACGUUCAGUCCUCAUCGUUGGGUCCAGCAUAUGUGUAUCAGGGUAUUGACAAUGACAUGCUUUUUCAAGCUAAUUACGACCACAAAGAGGAAUAUGAGACUUGCAUUCACUGCGAGAAAUCCAUGAUAGUACCACGGACUGCGAGAAACUCCCACAGGCCUGUCGUCCACUAUGGUACAAUCGCUUCCGCUAACCAGGUUAUGCGACAUGGUAAGACAAGGGAAUGCUGUCGAAAAGAGCUUGAUGUUUUAUGCUUCGAGAUGGAAGCUGCCGGGCUGAUGAACAACCUCCCCUGCCUCGUUGUUCGAGGCAUCUGUGACUAUUCUGACUCUCACAAGAAUAAGGAUUGGCAGGAGUAUGCCGCGAUCACUGCAGCAGCAUACUCGAAAGAAUUAUUACAUAUUGUCAUUGCAGAUAGGCCUGUGAACAGGCAGGAUCUCCUUGCAGAUCUCGAGGCUCAGAGCCAUGCGGAACUCCGGACUGACUCUUUGUUGUUAGGGCAUGAAUUAUCGCUCGCCGGGGCAAGAUCACCGCAGUCCUUCGACGACACAGACUUCCUGAUCGUGUCGAAACGGUCAGACUGGGCUAUAGUAACUCACGAUGGUAAUGUUUCCGAGUCUUAUUGCCCGAGCACAUCUACUAAGAUCAUCAAAGGUUUGCCCUUCAAUGUCUUCGAUUCACUAUCCGACUAUGACCCAGAGGCAACCUUGAGGUCUCUUGCACGCAAGAAGUGUCCCGAAACAACACAAUGGAUCUUGAAUGAUGAGAGAUUCAAAGCCUGGACCGAAGGUCGAAGUCAUCAAUGCCUUUGGCUGAGUGGUAAAAUUGGUUCUGGCAAAACUAUGAUUUCAACAAAUGUGAUCCAGCACCUUUUAGAUAUGUCGCCUUCUGACGACCGGCCAGUUUUCCACUUUUUCUACAAUCAGUCGCACAGAUCGCGGCUACAAGCAAUAGACCUAUUUAAAAGUUUUGCGAAGCAAAUGAUAUCUUACUUCGAGAUGACGAAAUUGAAUGUUCCUCCCCAGGUGAAAGCACGAGUCAAGAGAUACUAUGGACCUCGAGGACAGAGGCCUAUCCUCGAUGAUUUGUUGGACGAUCUCAUCUUCCCCCUAAGCGCAUCCAUUUCAUCAGCUACGUUUGUCGUGGACGGUCUGGAUGAAUGUGAAUCUUCUGAAUUACACAGAGUGUUCAAAGUUUUGAGGAGACUUAGCACAGCUGGUGUUUUCAGCAUUUUUAUCUCCGGUCGCGAAGUCCUAGAUGUUAGGAACUCCAUCAAUGGCUCUGUCGAGCUUCCGAUUUUGAGCUCAGACACCAUUGAUGACAUUCGACGAUUUAUUGACUGGAAGGUGGACGAAAAAAUGCUGGAGAGGCCACUGACAGAAUAUGAAGACAUGCUCAAUGAAAUUAAACGCUGCCUGAAUGACAAGGCGGAUCGCAUGAUACUAUGGGUUAACUUGCAACUGGAGAUACUGUGGGAUGAAUGCUUUGACGCAGCAGAUAUUCGAAGAGCAAUUGAGAAUUUGCCGAAAGACCUGGACGAAACCUAUAGUCGCUGCCUGUCAAGGGUUGACGAACGCCAAAGUCUGAUGGCUCAAAGGGUACUACAUUACUUGAUGGGGGCGAUAAAGCCUUUCAAAACUCGUCAGCUAUUGGAAGCACUUGCAAUUGAUUCCCGCACUGGGAUGGUGGAUCGCGACAAGAUACUCCAAGUUCAAGACUUGCUGAGAUUCUGUGCCAAUCUAGUGAUACGUGAUGAGAAUGACCAAAUUCUCCUUGCGCAUCACUCUGUUCGGCAAUAUCUGCAAGCCGUUGGCCAUGGUCAAAUUUUCACUUUGAGUCCAGCACUUGAACUGGGAUAUCUUUGUGUGCUACACUUGAGCUCUCCCACAUACAGUCGUGCGGUUGCAGCCCCUUCUCAGGCAAGACCGGCUGUUGAUAUCAGUCAAGUGUCUAAUGCCGUGCUGAGCAACUUCAAUCUUGGCUUUCGCAAGUGGGGUUCGAAAUCCUCGAAAACUUCGAAGCCAUUACUAUUACGUUCACAGACUAGAGCAGCGAAUCCCGCGACAUUCAGGGAGUUACCAGAUUUUUUCUAUUUCGCUAGAGAGCAAUGGUUGCUUCUCACACGCUUCAUGGAGGAAUCUGGAGACUACUGGUCCAUGUUCAAAGCACUCGCAUUGGAGCCUGACCUGACGUAUGGAAUGCACCCUUGGCGUUCCAUCGGAAUGUCACUCGACUCACACUUUUCUGCUCUGCUAGGCUGGAGCAUAUACCAUGAUCAUUUGCCUCUCUUGUCCGCUUUAACCGGGUCGACAGAUCCAAAACCUCGCGCUGACAUUUUCAAUUUGCCAUUGGCGAGCUAUGACAACCAUCUUCCAUUGCACUUAGCGGCAAAGCACGGCCGCAACACAAUAUUUGAUUAUUUGUUGCCUCUUUGCAAUCUCGACAAGCUUGAUGAAUCGUUCCGACAUCCUCUGCAUUACGCCUGCGAAGGAGGGCAUAUCCAUAUCUGCGGGAGAUCGCUGAAGCACUUGAAAGCUUCGAAACUUAUUACGCAAGAUACUCGUGGCCAAACUUUUGUGCACAUCGCGGCUGCGAAUGGUCAUACGGCCAAGGUACUCUUGCCACACAAAACCAUGUCGAACAAGACUAUCAAUGUAAUGAUUCAGGUGAAGGACCACAACGGUCGAACUGCAAUGUCGCUAGCCGCCAUGAAUGGCCACAAGGCUGACAUCCUGGCUCUCCUGGAUUAUUCCUCCGCCCGUCAAAUAGUCGAUGAAAGAGACAAAGAAGGACGAACACCGCUCAUGCUGGCCGCCAUGUCUCACCAUUUUGACUGUAUCGAAUUGCUCCUCAAAGAGCAAGGAGACGUUAAGGUCGCUGACGAAGGAGGCGCUACAGCACUUGGCCUUGCCCUUUCGCAUCUUUUCGCAUUGCCAUCUUGGACAAUGCUUGGUGUCGUGAAAAGUGCAGGGUGGGAAGAGAUGAUUUGCGUGAUGUUGCAACAUCCUCAAUUCGCAUCUUCUUAUGCCAGGGCUGUAGAAACACUGAUUCUCCUGGGUGAUAGUGCGUUGUACAGGGACAAAGAGGGCAACACGCUUCUACACUAUGCAGCCAGGUAUGGCCAUGCGCGUAUCAUAUCUACGCUGAUGAAGAAUGAUGGUGAAGCAUGUUAUGCACGCAACCACAACAAUUGGACACCACUAGAUGAAGCUGCUGCCCAAGGACACUUGUCUAGUGUCAUGGAGUUAUGCAAUCACGGAGAUUGGGCCCAUUAUCAGGAGCAAGGACUGGUUCUCGAAAACAAGAACUUCCCCCUUCGCAAUAACCUCGCCCUUCAUCUAGCUGCACAAAAUGGCCAUGCUCAGACUGUUCAGGCAUUGUUGCGUAAAUAUCCAAAUGCCAUCAAAGUUGUCAACGCGACAGGAUCAACCGCUCUUCAUUAUGCAGCAUUAGAGGGUCAAGUCUCGGUCGUCCGAGUCCUGCUGGACCAGCCUGAUUGCUUGGUUUAUGAGCAGGACGAUGACGAAAACACUGCGCUCGACCUUGCCGUCCAAGGCGGACAUCACACAGUGGUUGAAGCCUUGCUCAAAAAGAUAGCUGUUGACAACCAUGGCGAAAUUCUGAAAGCCCGAAAUCCCCUGAUACUUGCAGCAACCGCCGGCAAACACUUGACCGUUGCUAUGAUCUUGAAGUAUGCCGAGUUGGAUGUUAAUGCUUCGGAUGCAGAUGGCAUGACUGCCCUCCACAGGGCAGUUUUACACGGACACAUCAAAGUCGUUGAAAUCCUCCUCAAAUCUGGAACUAUUGAAGUUAACCUUUCACAGUCUAAGGGCCAGACACCCCUUAUUCUUGCAGCCAAGAUGGCUGACGAGUCGAUUGUUGCAGUUCUGUUACGUCAUGCUGAUUGCGACGUGAACGCAAGGGAUCGAACUCGCAUGUCUGCUCUCCAUUGGGCGGCUAGGCACGGGCACGUUAGGAUCGUUAAGGCUCUGCUCCAAGUUGAAGCAAUUGAUCUCAAUCCUCUCAACGUUGAUGGUGUGACACCACUCAUGCUUGCAGUAAGGGCGGAUCGGCUCUCAGUUGUUACCGUCCUGAUGAGAUAUCGCACUUGUGUCGCCAGCAUCAAGAAUUUAUGGAGUCCUACUGCUCUCCACUCUGCAGCACAAGAGGGACGCCCUUCGCUUGUGCAGGUGCUCCUGGGAUUGGCAAAGGCUGACAUUAAUGCCGUGGAUUCUUUUGGGAGAACAGCGCUUCAUAAUGCUGUUCGAGCGGGCCAAGUUUCAGUUAUCAGGCUGUUGAUCCGUCAUAUCGAAUGCAAUGUCAACGCAGAGAACAUAAUUGGCAAGACUCCACUCCACACCGCGGUUGGUCAUGCAUUACUUUCGUCUAUUCUGGCAUUACUCGAGUCAGAACGCCUGGAUAUGAAUGCUCGUUUUGGGGGUGUCGGAUGGACUGCUUUGCAUCUUGCCGCCUCUUCAAAAGUGGAUUCUAAUGAGCUGGUUGCAGCCCUAUUGACGAAGCUUGAGUGUGACGUGGACGCGAAGGAUUACGCAAUGUGCACUCCCCUUCACAUCGCUGCCAGCGUUGGAAAUUUGGAAGCAGUGCGCAUAUUGCUUGAAAAGGGGGCCAAGGUCCAUGCAAUCGAUUCUGAUGGCCGGGCGCCUCUUUCUCACACAGCUAUGUCCGGCAAAGGUGAUGCUGUAGGCACGAUACAGCUUCUUUUGAACGCAGGUGCCGCGGUCAAUAAGGCUGACAAAAAUAGAAUGACGCCACUACACUUAGCAGUAGAGUUCCGUCUGAAGGAAAUUGUGCGCGCCCUACUGGCAGUGAAGGGCAUUGAUUUGAAAUGGCGUGAUCAGCUCGGGAGGACAUCAGAGUCACUUGCCCGAAGCACCGAUCAGACUGAGAUUGCAGAUCUCAUUCGGGCAAAGCCAUCCACUGCUCUGAAAUCCAUCAAAUCGCUCGUCCCACUGCUGGACCGCGUGCUCGUGCAGCGAGUCAAAGCCGAGGCCCGCACCGCCGGCGGCAUCUUCCUGCCCGAGAGCAGCGUCAAGGAACUCAACGAGGCCAACGUGCUUGCCGUCGGACCCGGCGCUUUCGACAAAGAUGGCAAGCGGAUAGCUAUGGGUGUCCAGGCUGGUGACAAGGUGUUGAUUCCACAGUAUGGUGGCAGCCCUGUCAAGGUCGGAGAGGAGGAAUAUCAUCUCUUCCGCGAUCAUGAACUUCUCGCGAAAAUCAAGGAAUAG